AUAUCUUUGUCUUUCUUUUAAUAUUGACGUGCAUGAAUAGAAAUUUUUCGCUACGUAGUUCGAAACUCAAGUAGUUAAAGUGGGAUUGCUUCAUUUUAAAAUACCAAAUAUUCGUGCAAUUCAAUGCAUGACAAUGCGUUUAUUAAUUCCUACAAUUCUUUCUACGAGUAUGCACCAAUAGGUGAUACUUUGAACUACACUAACGACGGUGACAAAGAAUUCGAGCGGAACGUUCGGAGUAGUUUUUAUCGAUUGUCGACGUGCAAAUUACAGAAAAAAAUAAAUAAAUGGGAAAUUAAGCCACUCCACAAAGGAAUGCAACGUGGAUAAAAACAAUUGAAGUGUGAUAUAAGAGUUAGGAAAGCAGAAAUACCAAUUGAAAUGAUGCUGCAAAGAUGAAGUGGUAACAGAAACGAGAAAUAAUAAAAAGGAAAGAAAAUCGAUCUUCAAGCAAUCAAAAAUCUUCCUUCCUCACUGAUUUCAGUGACGGCAGGAGAAUUCAUAUGUUUAAGUGCUAUCUUUCUCAUGUAAUCUGGAAGCAGUACAUGUGUUAGUGUUUUUUCUCAUGGUUCGCUAAAAAGUCUGGCUUUGACGUAUUGAAGUAAAAAAUACAAGUGUGUUUUGGCCAAGAAGGUCAUCAGAUUGUGGUGUUUUGUGUGUACAUCUGCGAGCAAAGCGUGUAUUACUUAAUGCUAUCAUUGCGCCCUCUGUUUAGUGGGACUAAUUUCGACAAGUGAUUUUUCAUAAGAAAUGAGUUGGUGAAAAUUUUAUAUAACGUAAAAACAACUCCGCAUAGCCAAAGCAACCAUUCGGUCAUUGUCAGCCACGAUACCUUGCCCUCUUCUUAUCACGUCUUAUUAUGAGUGAUGAAUCCAAUGGCCUCAACAGCAAUGGUCAUACCAGCGAGCAGCAAGAUCCCAGCGUAUCUACUGGAAAAGCUUCUAGUAGUCUGGAUGAAUCCACCGCCGGACUGGAUCCCACUGGCAAACCAAAAGGACUGAAUGAAAGUGUUCAGCAGCAAUUUUGUCGUUUUGCAGAUUAUUUCGUGAUCUGUGGCCUGGAUCUUGACUCUGGCCUUGAACCUGAUCUGUUUGCAGGUGACAGUCUGCACUGCUCCCCACUAGAUCGAGCAUAUAAGAGCAAACCGUUGGCGCAUUAUCCGGAGAAUGUCGCAUGGAACCCGUUCGAUGCACAUGGCAUCUGUAUGCUUUCCUUGCCACAGGGGUUGCGUUUCCGAACGCAGAAACACAACAUUGAGCCCCGAUUUCACGCGUUUGCAACUACCCGAGAGGAUGGCAAGCGAUGUUACGGUUUUAGCUUGGUGUUCUACGAGGAGGUACGCAACCGACAGAUUUGCAGUGCCAUGCACACUCUACAAUCGAUGUUCAUCACGGAGAUAUCUAGUUCCCAGCAACCUCCCCCCGCGACAUUACGACGGGUGAAGGAAAGUCCUGUGAGUCGAUCCUUGCCGAGACACUUCAAGAUUGCUGCACAAGCUCCAGCGUCCGCUCUGAGCUAUUACGAUAUUACUAAGGAUAAGUUGUAUGUAGCUAAAAGUCUUUCGCUCGUCUGUCAGGUGCCGUAUGCUCACGUCGCUGAGUUGUUCCUUAAGAAUCUCUUCAAGUGUCUUCCCCGCCAUCCCGGAUCUCGACUUAGUCUCGAGAGUUACGUGUACAAUAUUCUGUACGAGGUAUCCACACCCCCUCCAGGAAAGUCCAUCCGAAUAUAUAUACCACCAGAAGAACCUCAUCUACCUCCAAUUGCCACAAUUUUGCAACGACCUGCACUAAAAGAUGAACUUCCUUUCAUGGAUUUUCCGCUCAGAUUGCUGUUUACCUAUUUGAGUGUAGAUUGUGCAAUACAGCUGUUCACCUGCGUACUACUAGAGAACCAAGUGUUGCUGCGUUCUUCCGAUUACCAGAAGCUCACCAUCAUAGCAGAAUGUAUAACAUCGCUUCUGUUCCCUUUUCAGUGGCAGCACGUUUAUGCACCAAUACUUCCCGCGUCUCUGCACCAUUUUCUGGAUGCUCCGGUACCUUUCGUGAUGGGUCUACAUUCGGAUUCCGAUAGCAGUGUACGCAUUGGUAGUGAAGCCAAUCUAUGCUAUGUAGAUAUCGAUAAAAAGUCUGUACAACUUCCCGAAGAAUUACCGGCUUUUCCACAUCGUCAUGACUUUAUUGCCGAAAUAACCGCCGUGCUCGAUAAGUACCAAGUACCUCGUGAUAGAUCGCUGGAUCCACCGUCAAUCCUCAGUCCAAAGAAUCUCCUCAAAGAUCACGAUAUGAUGACGACUAGUUGUACAUUGCCUUCGGGACUGCAUAUCAGAAGAAAACAUUCGCUGCACGAUGUUCUCGAUUGGGACCGCCCUAGUUCACCUGACUUACCACUUCCUACAACUGCGGUACCCUCACGACCAGACGUUCGUCAACGAAUCGUAGAUAUAGUCCGGCGUAGUGGCGGAGACGAAGUCGACUCCGGUACCAAUGAAGUUAUGCCCAGCGCCAAGCAGAAACAACCUCUCAGUACUCUGGAACAAUACUACGAAGAUCUGAAACUGAACAAUUCCAUUAGAGAGAUUUUCCUCAACAGAUUCGUACAGAUGUUUGCCGCGUACGAGCAAUUUGUGAUUCUCCCAAAUCAGGAUAAAGAAGACUGGCUUAGUAAUCGCGAAUCUCUACACAACUUCGAUAAAGCUUCGUUUCUUUCGGACCAGCCGCAGCACCAUCGACCGUUUCUAUCGCAGUUUCUAGAAAGUCAAAUGUUUGUGACAUUAAUUGACAACAAGAUCAUGCUCUCUUGGGGUGAUGACGGAGGAAAUGGCUGUUCCCUCGAUAGCUUAAACGGUGAUGUGGAAUACAAUCUGAAGCUGUUUGACAAUCGCAUUAGAAUUCUGAAGAAACGUUACGGAGGCGAAAGUAUGAUCCGCACCGCAAACUACGAGCCCUGCUUGCUGGCACGAGAAACUCAGAAGCUUUUGGACAAGCGACUGGCCAGUGUUGAUAUGGAGGUAUCACCGCCCAGUGAAAUCUUGGACAAGCGACCUCCGUACUACCGAAGUUUUCCAUUACUGGAAAAAACCGUACUGAACCAGGAGUGCGCCUCGAGGGGUAGCAGUUUGAGGAGAGUCAAGAAUGGCUCCAAAUGGAAGGUGAAAGAGAUUUCCCUGGACAGUGGCAAUAAGGAAAACGAUGGCGGUGGAAAUAAGUCGAACCGAAACUCGGCCAACCUUUCGGGAACGGAAAUCAGUCCUGCACUCAUGGCGCAAGCGAACUGGACGUUUGUGGAAAAAUUACUGAAGGACUGCAAAAGUAAAACCAAACGCAUGCUACUGGAGAAAAUGGGAACCGAAGCAAUCGAACUGGGUCUAAGUGGGGAGGCAUCGGUGAUCGGAGUGGAGGAAAACACGAUGAUCGCUUCGUUGUGUGACUUACUUGAAAAGGUAUGGUCCCACGGUUUGGUGAACAAACAGGGAAAAUCGGCUCUCUGGACGCACUUGACGGCCUACUUGGAAAUAAAAGACUGUCAAAACCCGAGCAAGCAAAUCGAUACCAACUAUCUAACACCUGCAUUGGCGUGGACGGUUAUGAGAAAGCGGAUGGAUUCGAGUUGCACUAGUCCAAAAUCAAGUUUUAAUCGCAAUGAUAAAAACACUAAGCUCACCAUUAGUCCUACUGAAACAUCCAAGAGCAAUAAUGGUGGUAGUUCCAAUAAUAGCAAUAGUAGAACCAGAUUUAACAAAAUGAUUCAACUUAAACGUAACUCAAAUAAACCUCCCCGGGUUGCGAAUCGCAACGAACCUAUUUCUUUGUCCUCGCCGGAAAUGUCUCCUACAGCCGCUAGUCGGUUGAGCAAUUUUGUGUUGCCUAGCAUAAUUGCUAAUUUGGUGGGGUCAAAGUACGCGAGUGUACCGACGAGCGAUAAAAUUCACGGUAGUACCAAUGAUUUAUCAUCGCUGGCAAUCGAACCGGAGAUACCUCUUUCGCCAACCAGAGGUCGCUCGAAGUCGCGUGAUCGAAAAAGUUUAGGACCUGAACAGCUGCGACCAUUACCUGAAUCCUUGGAAUUCGAUAUAAGAAACAUACUCGCAAUGACUGACAUCAAAACUCACAUCGGUUAUGCGCGAGCCUGGGUACGAUUGGCCCUGGAAAAGAAACUGCUGUCCCGCCACCUUCGGUCACUUUUAUCAGACACGGCUCUCUUGCGACAACUGUACAAACGUUCUGGUUUCGUUCGAUGUGACGAUGAAGUGGAACAAUUUUUGUAUCAUCUGCUAACAUUGAAUGCAGUCGACUAUUUUUGUUUCACUAACACUUAUCCUACGACUAAGCUACCGUACCGAGUUGUGAUAUUUCCGUCAAAGAAAGGUUCUGCCGCAACAACUUCGUCCAAUGUGUGGAUUGCUAUUUCUGGAACUUUGGGGGAAACGCAGCAGAUUAGCGUUCCGCGGCAUUCUUUAGAAUUCGUCUUUCAUCACAAAACAUUGGGAAUUUUGACAUCGCUGAGGAUCGGCCACGAUGACACGGGUAUGUCUUCGAAAUGGCUAGUUGAACAUGUCGUUGUCAGAAAUGAAGUUACUGGUCACACUUAUAAAUUCCCUUGUGGUCGAUGGCUCGGGCGCGGCAUAGACGAUGGAUCAAUCGAGCGGUUGCUAAUUGGACAACUGGUGCCACGUACCGUGGAUAGUGAGGAAUUGGUUGAAGCCUGUAGAACACCUCCGCGAACACGUAGUCCCAGUAUCCAACGCCCGGAGAUACGACCUUCUGACAUUCAGCACAUGUUAGGCGAUUGCGUGAAUGCAAUCGUUAAGUGGCACUAUCGACCAAGUCGAGAAAGAGAUGCCAGUUCACUAACGAAUUUACUCUGUGGAGAGAAUGGACUAGUCAAGUGCUUGGAACAAGCAUUUCUUUGCGGUUUCCGUUCACAACGACUGUUCGGAAGGAACCUUUAUCUGUGGGAUUACUUUGUUCGGGUUAAAGAACAGUUCGAGGCUAGCCUGGUUGAAGAAUCGGUCGACAUGGUUCGAGGAGGAGGUUCGGCCAGCAAUUCACCUCCUACGAGUGGCUCUAGCCCGGAGUCUCCUCCGCAAGGUUCAACGACUGUGCAUCCCCCUGUGGCAAGGCAAGAACUUUCUGCCGUAUGGCGAUGUUACUGCCAUUUAAUGGAUGAAAUUAACAAUGUCAAACAGACGCUCGGUAAGGAUGGACGAUUCCAACUAUUCAUCUGCCUUAGCAUACGAGAGCACCUCCUUCAUCGUAUGCUGGUGCCUAUGGCUUAUACUAGGGUUACUACCGAGAUGUACGAAGAACAGAGUUUUAUGCGCAAGAAAGGUCUACUGACAUUCCUACGACAAAUUUUGGAGCCCUUAGAUGAGUUCCAUAUAGUUUUGGAAAACUCUAUCACUCAAGGCAUCGGAUCUCAGUGUUAGGUUGUGUUGGUGCAGAGCACCCCUCAAGUAAUCAUUCGAAUGUCGCCGAAAACUAAAUACUCAACUAAUCCUAUGCUCUUAUUUUCGAAACUCAUUUUUCAAUUAUAAACAAUUAUAAGAAUGUUGCGUAGAACAAAUAUUUUUUACAUGUAACUUUGAUAAAUUCAUCACAAAUGGAUGAGCAAAUGAGUGAUUGAAAUCAAUGGCCAAAGAUUAGAUUUUUUCAAAUACGUUAUUCAUAUAUUUUCAAAUUUUUUCGUUCUAUGUUGUAAUUAUAUCAAAUAUGAUUUUAAUUUGAUUUGUUAUGCAUUAUCUAUUUUGAUGGUUUUAAGAGGUUAUGUUCAGCGUUCUCGUUUAAGUGGAACUAUAUUUCGUUGAAAACAAAAUUUGUGCCAAAAUUGAGUUGAAAAAAGUGAAACAGUAGAAACUUUAAAUAAUCUAAUAAAUUGGGUAUAACCCAACUGUGAAUAAUUUCCAUAGUAAAGGACCAUUCGACCACAACACGUAGAUGCAUAAAUAUAAAUGCUAACAAAUGAAAAUUCAAUGGUUCAAUGUAUUAAAGAUUUUUUAAACGAAGAAACAACACACUCUCGGAAAUCUAAAUAUUACCAAAAACUAAUGCAGCUUUUUUCAGUGAAACAAAUUUACCACUAUUCAACAAAAUAUACUUCCGUUUCCGAAGAAAAAUACUUGAACGUAGUAUCAACAUUAGUCAACAUUAGAGUUGUGAAGCUGUAGUACGGUUCCUAAGUUAAGAGAACAUUUAAAAACUAGUAAUAAAAAGCACUCCCAUGGACAAAACUAUUCCGUCUUUCAAAUUGAAAAUAUCAACCGAAACAAAAACUUCUAAUUGUGCCCCAAAAGAUCUUCCGGAGAAAUUGAAUUUACUGAACCUGAGGGAAUAGCGCUUUUCAUAAUUAACAUUCGAUCAACGAAAACGAUUUCAUCUAAAUCCUAAUUGUAUGAUUGUAUGUGUUUGUUGUAGCUGACAAUGGAAUACAGGUUUAUGUUUAUGAAGUAGAAAAAGUAACUUGUAUGGAUCAGAUUGGUAUGAAAAUAAAAUCGGCUCUACUUG